UUCCAGGGGACAACGUUCGGGCAGGGAGGGUCCCGGGGCCAGGCAGACACACCUGGGGCUGAGGGUCGCUCUCGGGGUGGGGGAUGGGAUGCUUACCCGGACGCGAUCCCUCCUGAGCAUGCUCAAUAGGGGGUCCCUCUGCCGGCACCGGCUAGGGGCGCACCCCCACCGCCCAGCGGAGGAAGAGAGAGGCCGGGAGUCCCCCUCCAUACACUAUGGAAAGAUACCAGAUUUUGGACCAGCUGAAUCCUGGGGCCUUGGGGGUGAACCUGGUGGUAGAGGAGACAGAAACGAAAGAAAAGCGUGUGAUAAAGCAGGUGAACUGCAUUGACGAGCAUCACGCCAACAAGGCCCUGGAGGAGCUGAUGCCGCUGCUGACACUUCAGCACGCCCACAUCUCCAUCUACCAGGAGCUGUUCAUAAUGUGGAAGGGCGAGAUCUCCUCUCUGUUCCUCUGCCUGGUGAUGGAGUACAACAAGGAAAGCUUCCAGAAGGUCAUUGAGGAGAAGAGGGAGGCAAGGACCAUCAUUGACUCUGAGUGGAUGCAGAACAUGCUGGGCCAGGUGCUGGACGCUCUGGACUACCUGCAUCAGUUGGACAUCAUCCACAGGAACCUCAAGCCCUCCAACAUCAUCCUUGUCAGCAGCAACCACUGCAAACUGCAGGACCUGAGCUGCAAUGCGCUGAUGACCGAUGAAGCCAAGUGGAACAUCCGUGCGGAGGAAGACCCCCUUCAGAAGUCCUGGAUGGCCCCCGAAGCCCUCAAAUUCUCCUUCAGCCAGAAAUCUGACAUCUGGUCCCUGGGCUGCAUCAUUCUUGACAUGGCCAGCUGCUCCUUCAUGAAUAAAACAGAAGCCAUGCUUCUGCGCAAGUCCAUCCGGACUGUCCCGGAGGGCCUGAGGCACGUUCUGAGGACCAUGAAGGAGAGGAAGAUCCCCAAUGCAACAACCUUCUCUUCCCUCUUACCUUCGAUGCUCCGGAUUGACCCCUCAGAGCGAGUAACCGUCAGGGAUGUGACACAGAUCACCUUUGUGAGGAGCGAUUUCAGGUCCUCGCUCACGCUGGACGGGGAGGCGCUGCCUACAUCCAUCAUCAACAUGCUGUUAGAAGGCAACAUGGCCAGCAUUUUAGAGCUCAUGCAGAACUUCUCCAGCCAACCUGAAGUCCAGCUCAGGGCCAUGACAAGGCUCCUGAGAAUGAAGGAAGCUGACCUAGGUCUGCCAUGGCCGCUGGAGCUGGUGGAGGUGUUGGUCACCAUCAUGAAGCAACACGAGAGGAUCCUUGACAUACAGCUGUGUGCCUGCUCCCUGCUGCUGCGCAUCCUGGGCGGAGCACUGGCACGGGACCCAGCAGCCGAGAUGCCAAGUGACAGCUCCGUCACCUCUGUCCUGCUGAGCAUCACGCGGAGCCACCCCAAGACAGAGCAGCUCCUGGUCAUGGUCUACAGCCUGCUCACCAUCAUCUCCAGCCAGGACAGUCAAUCUGCUACAGAGGAGCUGCAGCAGGCUGGGCUGUUUGAGCACAUCCUGGAGCAUCUGGGCACCUUCUCCAGGAACAGGGACAUCUGCGUCAAGGGCCUGAGCUUGCUCUGGGUCCUGCUGGUGGACGCUGUCAUCGUGAACAAGGCCCCCUUGGAGAAAGCCCCAGUCCUCAUUGCUGAGGUGCUAGCCACCUACCCCACAGAUGUGGAGAUGGCCGAGGCUGGCUGUGCAGUCCUCUGGCUGCUGUCCCUGCUAGGCUGCAUAAAGGAGGAGCAGUUUGAAGAGGUGGCAGCACUGUUCCUGCAAAGCAUCCAGCUGUGCCAGGACAGAGUCCUGCUGGUGAACAACGCCUACCGGGGCCUGGCCAGCCUGGCAAAGGUGUCCGAGCUGGUGGCGCUGCAUGUGGUGAUGCCCAAGGAGGGCAGCAGUGGCCUGGUCCUGAUCAAGGAGACAUACCAGCUCUACAGGGAUGACCCAGAGGUGGUGGAGAACGUCUGCAUGCUGCUGGCCCACCUCGCCUCCUACAGUGAGCCCCCUGAAGUUCCUAUGCACUUGACUGGAGUGCCCGCCUGCACCAGGCACUGUGCUGAUGCCCAGCUCCUGAGUCCCAGGGGUGGCAUGCAGCUCACGCUGAGCCUGAGUGGGAAGGGGACACAGUCUUGUCCUGUUGGCCUCCUCGGAAGUGCCCCAGCCUCAGGAACCUCUGCUCUGCCCACAGAGGAGGUCCUGUCCGAGCUGGCGUCCAGCGGCAUCCAGGCCCUGGUCCAGGAGAUCCACGGGCGCUUCACCUCCAGCCUGGUGCGUGUGGCAGGCCUCUGCAGCCAGGCUCGGGCGGCCCGAGUCCAGGGCCCUAGAGCAGGUCUAUGUGGAACUGACCGGGGUCACUGUGGGUGGUUCUUAGUGACCGUUCCUGUAAUUCUGUCUACAAUGGGGCUAAAGUAAAUCCUAUGGGGACGGCUCAUCAGACUUCUUCAAAGAGCAGAUUAAAUCACAAAAACAACUACUCGUGGACUCCGAGACUGUCCACAAAACAGUGACCUACUCUUUUCCUUCCAGGAGCUGGUUUUUUAUGCAGAAAAGGUGCUCCAGAGACUGGAGGAGGCCACACCUCCAAGCCCCGGGGGCGGGCAGUCGCCUUUACCCUGAGGCGGCAGACCCCUAAGGCCUCCCUCCUACUCGGGACUUCUCCGGCCUUCCCUUCCUCCUCAGGACGAGGGUCAGGAAGAACUGUCACCGAGGACCAGCGUGAGCAUUCUACUCUUCAGUUCCUGGCGGGGCUGAG